CUGCUUAAAAUUCAAAUAAAAAGACCUACCCAAAUGUUAUUGCAUAGAGUUUAUAUUUAGAGCAUCAAAUAGAAAUCUGCCUUUAUUCCUACGUCACCCCAGAAUAUUAAAAAAAAACAUAUGGUUGGAUAACUGUUGCAUUUGCUUGCAUACUACUACUGUAAGUUGAAAUAGAUGGCACAAUUGCAUCAUCAGAAAUUAAAUGAGAUUUAAAAAAAAAUUAUAUCAUCCCAAAGUUCCAGCUUUAAAAUCUGUCUUUUUUUCUUAGAGAGAGAAAGAGAAAGAGAAAGAGAAAGAGGUGAAAUCUCUUGUUUUUAGAUAGAGGAAAAAGGCCCUUGAACUAGUUAAGAGUCCCAACUACUAUACAGAGGGGUCAUUUAAUUAGGAGAAUCAUCUACCGAUCUUAAAAUUAUUUGAUAAAAUAAUUCUUGAUUGCCCAUGUGGAACAUUCACCAUGAUCUUUAUGUCACUCGUUUUAAUCAUUUCUCCUCAUUUUCAGCUUCGUCGGAGUUGGGUUUUCCUUUUCUACUCUGAUCGAUAACUACAAAGUUCAUUUUUUUUCUCCAUCUAUGGCAGAAGUUCAAAUACAGAUAGAAGCUGAAGAAUCUAUAACCCCUCACGAAACCACGCCUCUCCUUAAAAACCCAGACGAAACCCAAGUACCCAACCCACCAGACGACGAAGAAAACGACAAAGAAACGCGUUUAGACAAAACCCUUCAAAGGCUAGACUUCUUUCUCUCUCUCUUAGGGUUUAAUAACCAGUCCUCUGUAUGGAGCUUUCUGUUAUCUUGGGCACUGUUUUUGGCGAUUGGGGUUUUUCUCCCAAUUGUGGUGCUCGAGCUCUCUAAUUGCCCUGGCUGCGAAAAGGAUCAGAUCAAGAGUUUCGAAAUUGGAAUAGUGAUUUCUCAGGCCUGUUUGGCUGCUGCUUCUUUGAUAUGCCUUUCGCACAAUCUGAGGAAAUACGGUGUUAGGAAAUUUCUAUUUGUCGAUCGAUACAGCGGUCAUGUUGAAAGGUUCAGUGAUCAGUAUGUGCAGAAGAUUUCAGAUUCGAUGCGCUUGCUAGUACUAUGGGUAUUCGCAUGCUGCCUUUUAAAGACUGCACGUGAAAUAAUCCGAAUAAUGUAUGUUCGUCACGAGUCAUUGUGGCAAUCUGCUGCAAUUCUGGUAGCUUUUGUGUUAUCGUGGACCUUUGUGACCACUAUCAUUAUUUCAGCCUGCGUAAUGUUCCAUUUAGUUUGCAAUUUGCAAAUUAUACAUUUCGAGGAUUAUGGAAAGCUUUUGGAAAGAGAAUCCGAUGUUGUGGUAUUACUGCAAGAGCAUGCUCGUCUGCGAUAUUACCUCUCUAAAAUAAGUCACAGAUUUCGAAUAUAUCUUCUUCUGCAGUUUGUGAUUGUCACUAUAAACCAGUUUCUCACUCUGUUCCAGACCACUGGAUAUAAAGGAAUAAUUACCUUCAUCAACGGUGGUGAUUUUGCUGUGUCAUCAAUUGUUCAAGUGGUGGGAACUAUUCUUUGCUUGAAUGCUGCUGCAAAAAUAUCCCACAGAGCACAAGGCAUUGGAGCACUUGCAAGUAGAUGGCAUGCUUUAAUGACAUGCACCGCUACAGAGUCAUCUCAAUUACGAACUUCAAAUAGCAUUGCAAAUUUAGAGACCGCUUAUAAGUCGGGCUCGUUUAAUAACGACUACUCAGAAAGUGAUUUGGAGUCACUUGAUUUUAUUACAGCACCGACAAACGUGCAGCUGGCAUCGUAUAUGUCUUCUUACCACAAAAGACUGGCUCUAGUGAUGUAUUUGCAGGCUAAUCCGGGUGGAAUCACGAUAUUUGGGUGGACGGUUGAUCGAAGUUUGAUCAACACGAUAUUCUUCAUUCAACUAUCACUGGUUACAUUUGUAUUGGGCAAGACUAUAGUUGUCACACCAGAAUAGCUAGCAUAUUGGUUUCGCCACAUCUAGGCCAGGUUCACGAUAUACUACACACCAAAAGCCCUGAAAUUGACAACCACUUCCAGACGAGACGAUUUUUGGCCCUCAUCUUCGAUUCCUGUUCGUGAAAUUCAUCAGAUGCUUGAUAUAUAUACGAUGGAAUGGUAAUCCGUGUGAAUAUUAUUUGUACGAAAUCAGAGCGGCUUGCUGUAAUGUAAGUUCUUUUGCACAGAAGAAAAGAUUACAGGUUUACAUCUCAUCGCUAUAGUACACGGUUUUUUUUUUUC